AUGUCCGCCACCGGUGCCAUGCUGGGCUCAAAGAGCAGCUUCUCUACCCGUAUCUCCCUCCGCUGGGUUCCUGAGGUCCCGGAGGAGACCACAGACACAAUCGUCCUCUCAGUUGGAGAAUACUUCGUCGAUCUGCGCAUGGAUAAAGCGUCAGGCGCCAUUGACUGGGCUAUGGCCGGAACCAGAAUUGAGGAGAAUCCCAAUGAGAUCCCACUGAAAGUACUGUUUACACGCGAACUGGAUUCAUUCAACGAAAUCGGAAUUGUGGACGUGGGUAACUUCAGUCCCCUCCCCAACGGCGAUGAACUUGAAUGUGGUGAGAUGCCUCGGACCGAUCUCCCCGGUUCCCCGAUGACCGGCUUCGAGGAAGUCUGGCGUGAAUUGGCUUUCCGGGAAGGUCCCGAGGGUGCCAAGAAGGGACUUUCGUGGAUUCUGGAGUCCGAUAAUCGGGAUCUGGACUUUGGGGAGAGAAAUGAGGUUACCGUUACUAAGAUGUUCAUGGGUCGAAUUUGGGGAACUUAUUUGGCUUUCUGUCAGGUCCAGACUCAUACUCGGGAGAAGAGUGUGAGUGGGGAGUGGACUGUUAAGAGAACCGGGGCUGAGGUUAGUGCACGGAGGGAGGAGUGGAGUUCUGGGUCUUGGGAGGAAAAGUAUCUUGUGGGGCCUGAUGGGGGCGCUGUCCCUUCGAUGAAGAGUGGAUUUGCUGGGGAAGGGGAGGGUUCCUGGAGAGUUCCUGGUGAGACUGUUACCAUUGACGGCAACGCGUUCAUUGUUCGGGCUUUUGAGGAGAUUCAAUAA